UGCCUGUCCAAGACAAUAUGUACCAGAGUAUUCUGCGUGGUUUCUGCAGUUUGUCCUUCAGUGGCUGGGUGAGAACGAGGAUGUGUCCAUGGAGUUUAUGAAUGGAGCUCUAGAGAGGGACAAGAGGGAAGGGUUCCAGCAGACGUCGGAGCAUGCUCUGUUCUCCAGUUCAGUAGUGGACAUCUUCACCCAGCUCAACCAGAGCUUUGAGAUCAUCAAGAAACUAGACUGUCCUGACCCCAAGGUGCAGGCCCACUACAACAGGCGAUUCGCCAAGACCAUCACCAAGGUGCUGAUGCAGUACUGUGCUAUCCUGUCCAAGGACUUCCCCUCCUACUGCCAGAAGGAGAAGAUACCAUGUGUGUUGAUGAAUAACGUACAACAGAUGCGGGUCUUGUUGGAGAAGAUGUUUGAGUGCAUGGGGGCUAAACAGGUCGCUGCAGAGGAGUGUAUGGUAGGUCAAAGGUCCAAAGACUGUUCCUGGGUCCAAGGUGACCCUCUCUCUCCUCCCACCUCUGCCCUUUCCUUCUAUGACCCAGAUCCACACCAGUGCCUAUAUAUCUCUACUCAACAUCCCGACUAAACCCUGUCCUGUACCUAGGAUCUUCUCCUUAGCCUGUCUGUUUGUGUUGUAGCCAGCGCCUCUCUGUCUUUGUUUUGUUGUCACGCCAAAGACAACCAAACAAAUAAACUAAGUAUAUGGAUGAAAACCAAUGGCUGGAAGUGUUGGCUUCGCUAUAGCACCUAUACAGAUGUAGGAUCUUCAUUUGAUCACCCUGU